CCCCCUACCCUCCUCUAUAUGAGCACCCUCUUCCCCUUCGUCAAGAACUCCAAACAUCCUCAGCCUUGGGCUCUCCAGGGUGAACCACAUCACCUCGCCCAUCAUGGAGGCCUUUGGCCGAUUAUCCCUCCUCAUCUUCUUAUGUUCCUCGCUCUCCCUCGCUUCUCUCUCCUCCGCCCUCUCGGACGCCGACGGCCGCCUUCAUCGGCCGCGCGCCAGAUGCACGAGGAGGGCUCCGGAGACCUCCCCGACGACUACGAGUUCGAUGAGAUCGACGUCAAAAUCAAGAACCCCAACCUUCAAGCGCGCUACCUCGCCUCCAGGCCUGGAGUCCGCCAUGUCUCCGACCCCUCCACUUCCGCCAAUUGGGUCGGCCCCGAGGUCUGCACCUACAAGGGCGUCUACUGCGCCGAUUCCCUCUUCGACAACUCCACCCAUGUCGUCGCUGGCGUCGACUUAAACGGAGCUGACAUCGCGGGCUACCUCCCCAAAGAGCUCGGCCUCUUAACCGACGCCGCAGUUUUCCACAUCAAUUCUAACAGAUUCUGCGGUAUCAUACCCAAGUCCAUGUCGAAGCUCGUGCUCCUCCACGAGUUCGACGUGAGCAACAACCGCUUCGUCGGGACGUUCCCUAAAGUGGUUCUUUUCAUGCCGGCGUUGAAGUACUUGGAUCUCCGGUUCAACGACUUCGAGGGGCCGUUGCCUGCCGAGCUGUUCGAUAAAGAUUUGGACGCGCUGUUCUUAAACGACAACCGGUUCGACUCCCCGUUGCCGGAGAAUUUCGGCAACUCGUCGGUGUCGGUCAUGGUCCUCGCCAACAACAAGCUGGGCGGGUGCAUCCCGAGCAGCAUUGGGAGGAUGGGGGCGACCCUCAACGAGAUUGUGAUGAUGAACAAUGGGCUUGUGGGCUGCUUGCCUUCUGAAAUUGGGCAGCUGGCAAAUGUGACGGUGUUCGAUGUGGGAUAUAAUUCCUUAACUGGGGUUUUGCCUAAGACAUUUGAUGGGCUCAGCAGUGUGGAGAAUUUUGAUUGCGCCAGCAAUAGCUUGACUGGGGCUGUGCCUGAGUCAUUGUGCAAGUUGCCUAGCCUUAAGAAUUUGACAAUUUCCUACAACUUUUUCAAUGUUCAGGCCAAGGAGUGCUUGCCUAACGCCAGGAGCGGAGUGAGUUUCGAUGAUACCAGCAAUUGUUUGCCCGAUCGGCCAGGGCAGAAGUCAGGGAAGAUUGUGUCCGGUGCUUCGUGCCCCGACGCUCUGCACGCACCCCACCACCCUCCCAACGGCGACCCCCAACCGCGCCGCCAGUUUUCACGCCGGGGACUCCCAAGCCCCAAAACCACUGAACACCACGCGAGCCAUCAUCAUCGUCACGCACCAAGCGGCCCAGGACAUGAGCAUAAACAUCAUCAUAAGCCGUCCCACAAGUCUCACGAGUCAUCACCCAAGCAGCAUAAGUCAUCGAGCCCCGCGCCUGCUCCUGCUCCGGUGACAUCCAGCCCGAAACCAAGUCCAGCACCGCCUGUUUUCUCACCUCCGCCUGUGCCUCAAGCAGAAGUGUCGCCUGUCACGGCAGUACAUUCACCGCCACCAGCUACCGUUCCUCCACCAACACCAAGAACAGAGGGACACCAAGAACCACCAACGCCGGCUCCAGUGACUGCGUCUCCGCCACCGACGGAAAAUUUGAUGCCAACCGCCCCUGUACUCCCGCCAUCGUCACCACAACACAAGGAAUCCCCUGAAGAGUUCAUCCGGCUGCCACCGCCUCCCUCUAUGCAGUCGCCUCUCCCAUCAGUUUCAGCACCAGUAUCUGCACCCGUACCAUCACCAGUAUCUGUUCCAGUGACAGCUCCGGUAUCUGCACCAGUACAUGCACCAGUAUCAUCAACUCCAUCGGCAUCAGUAUCAGCACCGGUGCCUUCACCAUCCUACGCACCAAAAGCAGCACCAGUAAGACCACCUGUGUCAGUACCCGUACGUGCACCAGUGGCUUCACCAGUGUCAGCACCAGGACAUUCACCGGUGUCAGCACCGGUAGCUGCACCAGUGUCAGCACCUGUACCUGCACCAGUGCGUGCACCAGUGUCAGCACCGGUACAUUCACCGAUGUCAGCACCAGUACGUGCACCAGUAUCAUCAACUCCAUCGGCACCAGUGUCAGCACCGGUGCCUUCACCAUCCUACGCACCGAAAGCAGCACCAGUAAGAUCACCAGUGUCUGCACCAGUGGCUUCACCAGUGUCAGCACCAGGACAUUCACCGGUGUCAGCACCGGUAGCUGCACCAGUGUCAGCACCUGUACCUGCACCAGUGCGUGCACCAGUGUCAGCACCGGUACAUUCACCGAUGUCAGCACCAGUACGUGCACCAGUAUCAUCAACUCCAUCGGCACCAGUGUCAGCACCGGUGCCUUCACCAUCCUACGCACCGAAAGCAGCACCAGUAAGAUCACCAGUGUCUGCACCAGUGGCUUCACCAGUGUCAGCACCAGGACAUUCACCGGUGUCAGCACCGGUAGCUGCACCAGUGUCAGCACCUGUAGCUGCACCAGUGCGUGCACCAGUGUCAGCACCGGUACAUUCACCGAUGUCAGCACCAGUACGUGCACCAGUAUCAUCAACUCCAUCGGCACCAGUGUCAGCACCGGUGCCUUCACCAUCCUACGCACCGAAAGCAGCACCAGUAAGAUCACCAGUGUCAGCACCAGUACGUGCACCAGUGGCUUCACCAGUGUCCAACGUCAGCACCGGUACAUUCACCGGUGUCAGCACCGGUAACUGCACCAGUACGUGCACCAACGUCAGCACCGGUACAUUCACCGGUGUCAGCACCGGUAACUGCACCAGUACGUGCACCAACGUCAGCACCGGUACAUUCACCGGUGUCAGCACCGGUAACUGCACCAGUACGUGCACCAACGUCAGCACCGGUACAUUCACCGGUGUCAGCACCAGUGUCAUCACCGGUGACCGCACCAGUGUCAACUCCAGUGUCUGCACCGGUAACCUCACCAACAUCAACACCAGUACGAUCGCCAUCGUCAGCACCAGCACCCUCACCGACAACGCCAUCUACUCUCCCGCGCCAAUGGUUAACUCGCGCCUCCACCAGCUCUCCUCACUCCAUCACAAACUGCUUACCACCACACCACCCGAUGGCCUCACUCCACAUCGAUCACCAUCCCCCACGGCGAGCUCGCCACCGCCACUAAAUUUUGAUGAUGUCGAGCUCCCACCGAUGGACAACAUCGGGGCUAGCUACGCGUCGCCACCGCCGCCUUUGUACAAGGGAUACUAAGGAAAUUCAACACUGGUUCAAUUCAUGAUUGAAAAUGAAGAGGAGGGGCACAAAGGGGGGCAAUGCGUAAAAUUCAGAGAUUGUGCAAAAAGAAGAACAAAGAUUGUAAUAUCAUAAGGUUUUUCUUUUAAUAUUUGUUGUCUAUUUCGUUAUUUUAAUUAGCUUAAGCCUGAGCGGAAAUGAAUUAUAAGCUUGCAGUGAGCCGUCCCCCGGUAAAACUUAGGCUCAAAUGUAUGCAUAAGAACUGAAAUUGAGAGAGCAUGUGAUGUUGUUGUGAGUUUAAUAUAGACUUGAUACGAAAAUAAAAGAUAAUUGUUUA